AUGGCAGUGGUUAAGAACGACCCUCAGAAAGACGUGAUCCCCUUCUGGAACCUGAAAAAAAAGGCCAAACAUCGCGUAUGGCAGGCCUUUUGGCGCGCGAUGCUGCUCACUGAGAAGCUUGAAAGUUCAACCGAGGAGCCCGACCACGACGUCAAGCAAGUGGACGAUGAAAAAGUGCGGAACGUCCGGCGACUCGCUGCCCUCGAGGAAGCGGUGGUUGCGUCUGGAAUCGACUGCAUCAAAUCUCAUUGGACCGGUCGAGAGCACAUGUACACGGCGCAGCUACGACAACUGGCGUGUGACGCCCUUGAAGGGGUCGACGUGUUCUGGAACAACCCGCAGGGCGCUCGCGAUGGUCAAUUGGACUCGGUCUCGUGCUUCGGGAAGAUGUACGUGGUGCCGUACCCGUUCCACUGCGUUGUGGUCUACGACGACGCAAACGAUGAAGCGAUUGUCCGGGACGAGUGUGAUGAAGCUACACCCCUGACAAGCCACACGAACCUCGCCAAGUUGUUGUCCAUCAACUUCACGCCUGAGGUUAUGGCAAAACGCGAGCUGAGGCAGAAGCUGCGAGUGCUGAGUCAUAGCAAAACGCCCUUUACGCUUCCCUUUACGCGCCAAGAGAAAUUAUUCGUGGGUCGGAAGUUUCGAGGGCUUAAGUGGGGGAUCGUUCCUACCUUUACCUUCCCGGGGUACUACAAGUUUAAGUGCAAGUACACGAAAGGCGUCAUUCGUGUGCGAUCUAGCAGCGAUCCGAGAGGGAUUUCGUCACUUCUGUCUAAACUUUUCAUGGUGAAGAAGGCCAAGAUGUGGGGCUCGGUACUCGCCAAGUCGAAAAUCGUGCAAGUAAGGGAUCACAUCGCCAAAAUGACGCGCAGAGCUAUCAUGAAGGCGGAUCACAUUGGAUUGAAGCCCUCAAUGGAGGAAAGCGAGACUUUAACGCGUAUUUUCGCGCAGACUCGACACAUCUGGGAGAACGGUUCAAGUCUAUCGACGGGGGCUUGCUCAAGCCCACACCAGCAGAACGCGACCCUGAGCGACGACUUCUGGCUGCACGUGUACAACAACCCACACUUGUCGUACAAAAGGCUGAAGCGCUACCUGCGUCUGAAGGAGUCGAACCCGCUGCUUCAGAAACUCCCGGAGACGCACACACUAGCGUUGGAUUCGCUGUACGCUCGACAGAAGUGGGCGUUCCGAGAUCCACGCACCACGUGCUGGUUCGUCUUUUGGGACGACGUCUACGCCUGCAACUCGGAUAUGAAGCUCGACCCAAUGGACUUUGACGCGCUUGACCCAACGAGUAUCUGCUACCGCGAGCCAAUGGAGCGACAAGAGCUGGAGGAGUGGCUGCGUCAGCGCAAAUUGCUACACAAAUGGAGAAAAUUCAACCCGGCACUGCUCGACUUGCUCUACGAGAAAAAGAGGGACUGCUCUAAGUAA